UCUGAUUACAUAGAAUUAUCAGUAAAUACACAAUCACGGAAGUGGUUUAUGUGACUUUCCUCGUACAAAUGUUAAACUUUCUAAACUUUCUAAUAGUUGAUUAGGACUGUAUUAUUUUUUUGAGGCUUAUAUUGUGUAUUCGUGUACUACAUUCAUAACAAAACGUUAGAAAAGAAUAGUUUUGUUGGUAUUGUUUUUCAUCUGGUAUACGUACUAAGAAAGUGGGCGUAUAUAAAUCAACAAGUUGUACUGAUCAACGGACGAUAUGUAUUGUACUUUGUAAUGUUACACUUAUGUCCAUGUACAAAAUGACAUUUUUAUAACCAGAAGCUAUACGUGCAAAUAGUUACAUCUUACAGAUCUUAGAUCCCCAUGUUAAGAAAACAUGACCCAACGUUCACAACCAAAACAACCUUCAGCAGCAGGAGGAUCAAAAUCAAAACAGAUUAAACUGGUUCUACUUGGAGAAUCUGGAGUUGGUAAAUCAAGUAUAGCCCUUCGCUAUGUGAGGGGAGAAUUCAACGAGAACGGCGAAGCUACCAUUGGUGCUGCAUUUUUAACAAAGACCGUCAACGUGAGAGGUCAAAGUGUGAAAUUUGACAUCUGGGAUACUGCUGGACAGGAACGUUAUCACAGCUUAGCUCCUAUGUACUACAGAGGAGCACCAGCAGCAAUUAUUGUGUACGACGUCACGAGUACGUCAUCGUUUACCAGAGCACAAGCAUGGAUUAAGGAACUCCUUCAGCAAGCGAAUUCACAAAUGGUUAUUUGUUUAGCAGGAAAUAAAGCGGACAUGGCGUCGGAAAAGCGUGCCGUUAGUAGGGAGGAAGGAAAGGAUCACGCGGAUGAACAUGGUUUAUUGUUUACAGAGACGUCUGCUAAAACUGGGUUAAAUGUAGAGGAUAUGUUUAUUAAUUUAGCUGCCAAAAUUGUUGCCACAACAAUGUCAUCUGGCAACGACAUCGAAGAAAAUGUUCGAUUAGAAGAAUCGGGCCGGAAGUCAGGUGGUUGUUGUUAGUACAGUCAAACAUUCUUACUGUGAUAUAAACAUUGUUUUGAAAAUAUUAAUCCUUGCCUUGAUGUUCAUAACACUUAUCAUACAUUUUUGGAAAGUUAUUCGUCACGUGUCUUUGUUUUAUUCUUUCCGGAAACAAAUGCGGAAUAGGAACAAAUGAUAAUACGUAGUGUAUCUGCUACAAACGAUCAGCCUCCAACAAAACACUUUUAAGUAUAUGAAAGGACUUUCUUUUACAAUUUCUAACGAGCUGGCAUCUUUGAAUUAGUCAAUUCUGUUUCAAAAAGGUCAAAUCUUGAACAUUGAUCUACUGAUAUCUGUUCAAAUAAAUUAUAUACAAAUAUACAAAUAAUUAAAAGAAAGUCUCAAUGAAAACAAGUAGGAGGGGUGGCACUGGUGUGCUCAUUUUCCCAAAUCCAGUUUUUAAAAAAAAUUCCCACUUUACUUCUUUUUACCCAUCCCCCGCCCGAUCCCACCUUUUUUACCCCCUAUAUCCCACAUCCUCAUUUUUUUAACCCCCUAUAUCCACAUUUCAAAAGCCUAUCAUCCCCCUAAAGUAGUGAUUCUUUAUUAACAUUUUUAUAAUUAAUAGGUCCUUAAAUUGUGUUUCACGUACAUAAAUAGUAAGCAGAACUUAAAAUUACUGAGUAAUACAAAUUGUAAAAAGCACUACAAGAUCAAUGAGGGAAUAUUGUAAUGAUAAUUGUGUGAAAAAGAUGUUUUUUAAAAGAAUAUGAGCUAGUAUAAAUGGUUGUCGAUAUUAAAAAUAUGUGCUUGAAUUUUACCGCAUUUGUUAUUCUGUAGCCUUCUUACUGCCAUGUAUAAUUUUAAGAAAUGUAUUUUAAAACAUUGAAGCACAAAAUAGAAGUUAAGUGACUGAUUUUCAUAAUUCAUUAAUAAUACUUGUAAUUUUAAUUAGCUUUUUAAUUAUUUUUUUUUUUUGUAAAAUGAAACCUAAAGUGUAUGAUUGUGUUACAAAAAAUGUAUAUAUUGUUUUAAUAAACCUAUAAGACAUA